UAUAUCUGCAGCUCUGGCACAAAAGGCGUGCAGAGUUGUCUAAAUUUCCUGUCACGAAUUUUUAUUAAUUUAUAAUUAAUUGCAAGCAAUGGCCGAACUUGACGAUUUCUUUGCGAAAAAGGACAAGAAGAAGUCUAAGAACAAGACCAAGUUCGUGACAGCCGACGAGCUGGUGAAGAACCUGGAGGACGGUAGCAAGCGAGAAGUGGUUAAGCCUAAAAAACCCGAAGCAGUCGCUGGCAGCGUGGCAAUAGUAGGCGAAAACGAGAACAGCGGCACCAAGGUGCCAGAGUCCGCCCCGCCCGUCGAGGAGGAGUGGAAGGAAUUCGAGGAGGAGCAACGCAAAGACUACAGCGGUCUAAAAAUCGGACAGCUCAGCACCAUAACUACCCAGGAAUCUGCCGAGUCGCGGUCCGCUCGAGUGCCCACCGACCCGGACGGCGGGAACUUCGACGAUGACGAGGAAGACAGUAAUGGUUAUGACAACGCGGAUGACAAUAAGGAGCGCGUCGGGCACGGACCUUGGAAAAAAGUAAUUCCUGCCGAGGAGGUAAUGCAGAUCCCAGUGCCUGUGGAGGCAGAGAAGCCAUCGUCGAAGACCUACGUUUCACCUGCGUUACGCUACAGCCAGCAGGCCGGAAGCGGGCUGGGAGGUGGUUCCAUUGGCGGCGCUUUGCGCCCACGACGAGCAGCCCCUGAUAUUACUAACACCGAGUUCUUCCCAACACUCAAUGCGGCGCGCCCGGAGGAACAGCGCAAGAAGAAAAACGAACCCGCCUUUGAAGAAGUCCGACAUGGGGGCCGCUUCCAACGCGUCCAGGAGUCCACGACUGCCCCGGUGGCGGCUUCAAACCGAUUCCAGUCGCUUGACGACGAAGCCAGCUAGGUCCAGCCCCUGUCAACUGUGCUGCUGCUGUCCGCGAGAACCGCUUUCGACUACAGUGUCCGCUGUCGAGCUCAAGUCAUCUACUCGUUCUGCGCCAGCACAAUCAGUUUCUUCUAGGCUUUUCAUUCAUCUACACUGUCUCCACUGCUAAUCUUACCCUAAACCACAAACUACUAUUAUUCAUUUCGUUUUGCAUUUUUGAAGUAUGGAAUCAAAGUAAUAGAAUACGAAUAAUAGCCAUGCGUUGAAAUCCGUU